AUGGACAAUUCCACUCUGGUGACUGAGUUCCUCCUGGAGAUUUUUGCAGAGUCUUGGGAGCUCCGGCUCCUACUUGGUGCACUGUUCUUACUGGUGUACCUGGGCAGCCUAUUAGGGAACCUGACCAUCAUCAUUGCUACUACAAUUGAUGAAACCCUAAACACACCCAUGUACUUCUUCCUCAGGAAUUUAUCCAUCUUAGACAUGUGCUACAUUUCUGUUACUAUUCCCAAUGCCUGUUUCAAUUCUUUCACUGACCACAGGAAUAUUUCUGUGCUUGGCUGUUCAGCACAAGUCUUUUUGGUGUUCUUCUGUGCAUGUGUAGAGAUUUUCUUUCUCACUGUCAUGGCCCAAGACCGCUACGUGGCAAUCUGUAAGCCUCUCCUCUAUCCUGUGGUCAUGAACCACCAAGUCUGUGUUCAAACAACAUUGGCUUCCUUACUUAGCUCUCUUGUCAUUUCAGGUGUGCAUACUAUCAAAACAUUCCAGCUGCCCUUCUGUCAUUCUAAUGUGGUCCAACAGAUCUUCUGCGAUAUUCCCUCUCUGCUGAGACUUUCUUGCUCAGACACCUUUAACAACAAACUCUUAAUUCUUCUGACUGCCAUUGUUGUCAGUGGUAGCUGCUUUACAUUCAUUGCCAUAUCAUAUGUUCACAUUUUAUCAACUGUGUUGAGGGUUCCUGUCAAAGGAGAGCGAGGGAAGGCCUUUUCCACGUGUGUGCCUCACCUUAUUGUGGUGUCUAUGUUUCUUAGUUCUGGUGCCUAUGUGUAUCUAAGACUUCCAGGAACUUCAGAUGAACUUCAGGAGAUUAUCCUUUCUGUAUUUUAUACAGUUUUUCCACCAUUCUUAAACCCCAUCAUCUAUAGUCUUAGAAACAAACAGAUAAAGGAGGCUGUGAAAAAAGUAACAUCAAGAUUUUUUUCCUUAGGAGAAUAUAAAAAGAACUUGUAUUGUUGA